ACUAACAAGUUGGUGUUAAUUCAAUUUUCCCAACGUAAUUGUUUAAUAUACGAUGUGAUUGUGAAUUGAAAAAGUUGAAAUCCGACUGCCAACACUUUCUGAGGAUGAAUGUUGUUCAGGUGUGUUGUUGCGUUUAUGCACUCUCUCAAAUCACACACACACACACACACACCAAAUUUAAAUUGUCGAAACACCCCAACCUGCCACCCUGCCAUCAUUACAUUUAUUCUUAAUAUUUGAGUGGUGAAAAUCGCGCAGGCCAAUGUGAAAACAUGGUAGCAAGGAGGCGACGGACGGAACAGUUGACUACCGGCGUCCGUUUCGUGAGCAUGCUGAACUGCGUCGCCCCCGCUCAGGAUUUGCUCCUUCCGUUCAGGCGCUGAGAGGAAAAAUCGGUGAUUUCGGGGGAACACCGAGGUGAGGUUUUGUCGUAAUGGUGCGGAAGUAAACGAUCAAAAAACUGGUGCUGGAAAUUUGGUUGCCAAAGUUACCUACGUUUCUCUCACAACAAAAAUCCACAGUGAACGUGUAAAUUAAUGUGUUUUGACGAUACCGCCAGAGUAUGGAUUGGUUUCCUCUAAAUUAGCACGUAAUUAAACUGCCACAACAAAGGGAACGAUUCUAUGUACAGCCGGUGGCAUCGCGUAAUCGGAUGCAUCACAUCAAGCGGAUGCACGCUAACAUCUCCGGAAAUGGCUGAAGGUUUUGCCAAGAAGUGUUUUGGACUGGCAGAAACGCGGAACUAUAAAUUAAAUGGUUUCCAAAAAAUAUUAUAAAUAACAGAAUUCCAUCAAAAUGAAUAAAACAUUCCGAAAUUUGAAUGCUUGAGACGAUCGUUUCAGAAGUUGGAAAUGUAGCGGACCUCAAUGACUAUGCCCCAAAAUCAAUAAAAUCUCGUAUGGCGGCCAAUAUAACUCAAGAUUUGGGAAUCAACGAAACAAAUGAAACCUCUUAUCAAGAAUCCGGAUAUAACCAAGCCGAGAGCAUCAUCAUAACGAUCAUCUUAGUGAUAAUAAUAGUUGGAACAAUCGUGGGCAAUAUUUUGGUGUGUGUGGCUGUGUGUCUGGUGCGAAAGCUGCGCCGUCCUUCCAACUACCUCCUGGUGAGUUUGGCUGUGAGCGACCUCUGCGUGGCGCUCCUUGUCAUGCCCAUGGCCAUGAUCUACGAGAUUAAAGGCCGGUGGAUCUUUGGCGAAGUGGUCUGUAACUUGUGGGUGUCUUUCGACGUCCUCAGCUGCACAGCUUCUAUUCUCAACUUGUGCAUGAUCAGUGUGGAUCGCUACUACGCCAUUACCAAGCCGCUGGAAUACGGCGUCAAACGUACUCCUAAGAGAAUGAUUCUCUGGGUGAUCGUGGUGUGGUGUUUCGCUGCCUGUAUUUCGCUUCCUCCACUUCUCAUCAUCGGAAAUGAACAUUCCGAGAAGGAAGAGAACGGCGAUAUAAAUAAAGAAGUCUGUUUAGUUUCGCAGGAUUUCGGUUAUCAGUUAUAUGCGACUUUGUGUAGUUUUUAUAUACCGUUGACUGUGAUGAUGGUGGUGUAUUAUAAAAUAUUCAGGGCUGCGAGGAAAAUUGUUAUGGAAGAGAAAAGGGCCCAAAGUCAUCUAGAAUCGCAUUGUUAUCUAGAGAUUAGUGUGAAGAAUGGCGGAGGACCUCCAGAAAAUAAGAUUUCUAGUCAAUCACCUUCACCGGCUAAUCCCUCGAGAAUUAAUCAUAGAUCUAGUUCGGCUAGCACAAACACCAUGUGCAGUCUGGACAAGAGCAGCUUAGGUCGUUGCUUUAAAUCUCGACAUAGCAACGAAUCCCAGUGUCCCAUGCUAAGUAACAAAGCACCGAUCAAACAAACGACCAAAGAUAAACAACAAAAGUCCAGCCUUCUGGCAUCGAUGAAAUCCUCGCCGAACACCAACUCCACAAAUCAAAAGAAGCUUCGCUUUCAACUAGCGAAGGAACGGAAAGCCAGUACCACUUUAGGGAUCAUUAUGAGUGCUUUUACGAUUUGCUGGUUGCCGUUUUUCGUGUUGGCCUUAGUAAGGCCGUUCUUAAAGACUACUCAUAUGCUGAAGACUUUAGGAAGUCUUUUCUUGUGGUUAGGUUAUGCUAAUAGUUUAUUUAAUCCGAUUAUUUACGCGACGCUAAAUCGGGACUUCCGGAAGCCUUUCCAAGCCAUUCUCUAUUUUCGGUGUGGCAGUUUAAACCACAUGAUGAGAGAAGAAUUUUACCAUAGCCAAUAUGGAGAUCCAGACCAUCAUAUUUCCACGAGAUGUCACUUGGAUUACGAAGAGGGAGUUGAAUAUAUUGAAGCUGAAGGAGAUGAAGUCAAGACUCCUGAAAUAAAUGCAGCACACGAAUCGUUUCUAUGAUCGAACGAUUAGUUAACAAGUGGGAGGACAAAGUCUUCUUUUCCAACCGAAAAAUAGUGACGUGUUUUCUAAUAAAUAAAAAACAGUUUGGUUUUCUUUCGUUUCUUAUGACUGAAAUUGAAAAUUCCAAUCGAUCCACACCCUGGGAACAAUAAUAAUCUGGUCGCAUCACUUUUAUUUUUGUAAGAGUGUAUAAAGCCUAAAAAUAUCAGUCGUGUUUCAGCUGACUUCCAUACUAAACGAGCUUUUGUUUUCUUUGAAUUAUAAAAAUCUGACUCGCAGGAUGAAUCUAUAAUACUCGUAUGUGUAUUGGAAAAUGUAGAAAUAACAAAAAAACAUUAAAAGGAUGUGUGCUAUGCUUUUAUGAUUUCUUGAGAAUAGAUUCAAGCGUUACUUCGAAAAGUUACAAUAAUUAACGUCUAAUUAAAACAAUCCGGUAUUUAUCUACGGAAUAGUAUAUUGAACAAAUUAUUUCUCUCAAAGAAUAUUAGAACAGGAAAAAUUGGAUUUUUUUUCUUAAUUAUUGAUUUUUAUUAACUGGGUAAAAUUCUAUUGCAAUGUGGGAUUUCGAUGCAGUUCAUCGAAUAGAAAAGUUUUAUUAAAUUCCGUCACGGAGAAAGCCCUUUCUCGACCCUUUUGUGUCUGUAAAUGGUCUAUUAUGACGUUCCUUUGUGGAACUAUUUUAAACCUCUUAUUUCACUUUACAUUGAAUUGUUACCGACUCAUUUUUGUGUAGUUGGUACUUUUACGGUAUUUAAAACAUCAAUUUUGAAUUAUAUCUACAUAAAUCGAUGACACCAAAAAUAACUUCAAAAAAAUUUACUUGCAGCGUCCAGAAAUUGUUUUUUUUUCGAUUUGCUUUACAGAGGAGUUUUACUCCAAAUAUUGGUUCGAGACUUUUCCAUUUUAUAUUGAAUUUCGUUAUAUGGGAAAACAUCAUGGAAAUGUUAAAAGUCUAUAAAUUUCUUGUCUCAUGCCGGAGGAUGCGAACAAAAAUCACCUCCGAUGUCUUGUUUAAACCUAUUUUAUAAUUUAGUUUAAUUAGAAAAAAAUUAUAUUUGCGAAUGCAAAUUAAAAACAAUGAAAAAGCAACGAUCGAUCUGAUUUUACUAAAAAAGAUGAAUAUAUGGUGAAACCGCACGCAUAUAUGCUGUUACGAACUAAAUCAUUAAUCAUUGCUGCUGACUAUUCAUUGCGGUUAGGUCAAAGGGUCAAGAAACGACAGAAUCGACUAUUACGUGAAAAAUAAUUUGCUUAAUUUAAUUUUUUUCUAUAGGUAAUGUAUAUAUUAUAUAGUUAGAGAUAGAAAAAGUUUACAUUUAUUAUUAUCGAUGAUUAAUUUUAGUGCAUUGUAUUUUACGAAUCACACACAAAACAAAUGAAGUAAAUAAUCAAAGCUUUUGGCUCUUUUAAGCUGACAAAUACAUUUUACAAUAUUUUCAGCAAACGCUAAAAUACAGCCACAGAUCCGUAUUCACAUUGUGUGUUAGGUAUGUUAUAAUGGAAAAGGUUCACCUGCUCAGACAAAAUUCAGACAUCAAAGUUAGGAACGUAUAAUGCUGUGGGUCUUUUGCUCAAAUACGUAUUGGUACAACAAAAUACUCAAAGUGUUUGAUGUAAGAAACAGCUGAGACAUAAUAUAUGUAAGCCUAACUAAUGUCUUGUACGAUUUUGUAUGUGUUUUGUUUACAUGUUUUAAGAUCAAAAAAGGCACUUUGGGAACAUUCUCUGGCAAGGCUAGUCAUGAUUGUACAUAAACUUUCAAACGUGUGUUUUUAGCAGUAAAUUUGUGGUUAAAUAACUAUAAGAGACAAUCGACUAUAAUAAGGUUUAAACCAAAUAUAUACUAUGAAGCUUUAUCUGUUCCUCUUCUAGUCAAUUUUUAUGCUUUUUAUACUAUACUUAAUUGCGUUUCAAACGUAAAACUUCAAGGCUGUCGAUAUAGGUUUAAGGUAGACUUAUCUAUAAAGUUUAAUGCAGCGAGUGUACUUUAAUCAAAAUUUGAAGUUUGGCCGAGAUCUAUGUAAAAUUGGUUUUCAAUCAAUCAGUUUUAUAUCUUCGCGACAAAUUGGUAAUAAAUGUAUAGCAAUAAUUACAAAGUAUUAAAAGUAAAAAUUUUUGAAUAAUCCUAAACUUUUUGUUGAUUGGUACACUCGUCGCGUGUCAAUUUUUACUAUAAAUUAUUAUUUUUGUAAAUAUACUUCUUCAGUAAAAUUUGACACGAAAGUUUCGACUUUGGUUCAUUGAGAUUCUAAGGCGUGAUGGCUAAUGAAUGUUUAAAAACAGGGUAGGAUUUUCUUUAUUUAUUGUUUUUUUAAUUUAACAAUUCAGAUUCUCAUUACUGGAUUAUACCUAGAACUGUAUUAAAAAAUCAAACAUUUAUAAAAUAAAUAAUAAAAAAGUA